CGUCCCUCAAAAUUCUCCAAAAUGGAGCCUCUCACAACUUAUCCUUUAAAAUGUUCAGUGCCCAAAGCAAGGGUAUUUGUUGUUUUCCUGUCGAUGGUUUUGUGUACAGUAAUGCUCUGUCUGUUGCAGCUCAAAUUCUUAAAACCUAAAAUCAAAGAUUUUUAUUCUUUUGAAGUGAAGGAUUCCAGAGGGAGGACCGUUUCUCUGGAGAAGUACAGAGGCAAAGCGUCUUUGGUUGUAAACGUGGCCAGUUACUGCCAGCACACAGACAAAAAUUACAUCGCGCUGCAGGAAUUACACAGAGAGUUUGGUCCAUCCCACUUCACUGUGCUGGCCUUUCCGUGCAAUCAGUUUGGAGAAUUGGAGCCUAGCUCAAGCCAGGAAAUAGAAUCUUUUGCCAAGGGAAACUAUGGAGCAACUUUCCCUAUUUUCCACAAAAUUAAGAUUCUGGGAUCUGAAACAGAACCUGCAUUCAAAUUUCUGAUAGAUUCUUCAAAGAAAGAGCCUAGGUGGAAUUUCUGGAAGUAUCUUGUCAACCCAGAAGGUAAAGUUGUGAAAUUUUGGAGACCUGAAGAGCCCAUAGAAAACAUCAGGGCAGAAAUAGCAUCUCUGAUCAGGCAGAUCAUCAUGAAAAAGAAAGAAGAUCUCUGAAAAGGCCAUUCAGUCUGCGAAUCCAUUUUACCGCAUGUAUAGACAAUCUUAAUACAUUCCUGUUAAAUGAUGCUAGAAGCUAGACCAUCAAGUGUUUUAAUUUCUCUUUGGUUUUAAUGGCAGUACUGAGAAUAAUUACAAAUGAUUUAAGCGCUAAUAUAGGGCCCAAUCCUGCGACAUGCUGAGCACCAAUAAAGUCAAUGAGAGUUGCAAGGCACUCAGCACUUUGCAGGAUCAGACCCUUAGUUUGGCAUAAAGUUGCUAAUGUUCCCUGUAAAUUCACACUGCUGCCAAUGGUUAAUAAUGUCACCAACAUGAAAAUGCUUAAAAAAGAAGACAGAGGAUUUGUAUGAAUAUGAAGUUGACUAAUUUAUCAAGCCAAGAGCUUUGUUUCCCAGCUACUUGUAACAAGUGUUAGGGGUUUUUUUAUAUUUGAUUGCCAAACAUGAAACUCCUGUGACUGAAUUACUUUAGGGCCAUUGUAUCAAUCCAGAAGCAUCACACCAGAGUAGUUAAAACUGAAUGCCACUGAAAAAUACCAGCUUUGCUACAUUAACAGAGGAAGGUUGAUGAAUUGUGAAAAUUACAAACUAAGUUUAAAAAAAAUUGUAAAUAGAUAGUUCUAUGAAGAUUGUUUAUUAAAAAAGAGGAAGAAUCACAAAAUGG